AUGGGUGAUUACGUGUUGGGAAUCCUGAUCCUCUACUUUGGAUAUAUAUUGGCCUGGCUUCUCAUGGAAGUUCAGCGCCAGCCUAGCCCCGGCCCUUAUCAGGAAGGGAUUUGGGUUGGGGGGGGGGGAGUGGGAGGCCCCAGGUUAGGCAAGGUGGGUGGGAGAGAUAGGGAAGUGGGGAGGGGUCUGGGCCCUUCUGGGAGGGGGAGGAUGGGCGGGAUGCCCAGAACCGGCUCUGUGGGCUUUGGCCAAGCUCUGUCCUUGCUGGCCUGGCCCCUGACAAGGUUCCAGAGCCUCUCCUGCCUUCCGUCCUUGCCAGGCAAGACGCCACCUUUAAUUAGCAAGCGGCAGCCUCUCCCCAAUUCAUCACAGUCACUGUUUAAUUAG